GUCGCCUCGUGCGGUUUGGCGGCAAAACAAAAAAUAUAGAAAUAAAAUAAUAAUAAAACAAAAGUCAGAAAGAGAGCGACACUAGCGCCCACUCACUCGCACACACACUCGAAUCGCAAAUGCCAUCGGGCGGUUAGUUCAAAACAAAAGCCAAAUCAAAGGCGGUGAAAGUCGUAAAAGGCAUAAAUAAUAAAAACAAUAGUACCAGCAAAUAAACAAGAACGGUAACCCGCGACGCCAAAACAAUAAUAAUAACACUAAAACCAGCAGCACAACAAAAAUGCCAUUGCCGCUGAUGUUGCCAGCGUCGCCGCCGCUGUCGCUUUAACUGCGAACGGUCCGCUGUACCGCCACACCGCCCAACCGCUCCUCCGCCCCUGGAGCGGGCCAUAAAUCAGGCGCCCGAUAAAACGGGGGGCGGCAAAAUGUCGCAGCCACAUGAGGCAACGGUUAAUUUGGAGAAGCCCCUGAACAAUGGUUACCUGCAGGCGAAUGUGCCGCUGGAGGAGCUGAGUGCCACGGUGGUGUCGCCUCUUCUGGGGCAGCAACAGGUGCAGCAACAUCAGGUGCAACAGCAGCAGCAGCAACAGCAGCAACAGCAACAACAGCAGCAGCAGAAUAAACUGCCCACUGUCGUUUUCCUGGCGCCCGACGGCAGUGGCGGCGUGGGAAUCCAGCGGAAUCCCACCCAGGGGAAUCCCGGAGGAGGCGGACGCACCACCAACAGCGACUGGCUGCUCAAGGAGUCACAGCAGCGGCGCCGCCUCCUCGUCCUGGCCAUCGCCUUCACCGUUCUGGGAGCGGCCAUCGGGGCACUGGCCAUCUACUUCGCCAGCGUCCAUCAGCGAUGCCAACUGUACCACCUGGAUCCAGGCAACGAUGACAGACCGAAUGGCAGGUGGAACCAGGAUUCGGGAUCCAGCCACGAGUCUCUCGACAACAUUUGCAUGUCCCAGGAGUGCGUGAGAACAGCGGCCUCCCUGCUCUCGGCCAUGGAUCUCAACUCCGAUCCCUGCGAGGACUUUUUCCAGUACGCCUGCGGCACGUGGAACAAGAUGCAUCCCAUUCCCGAGGACCGCAGCUCCAUCAGCACGUUUGAGGUCCUGUCCGAUCAGCAGCAGGUCAUACUGCGCGCCGUCCUCGAGGAACCCGUCGACGAACGCGACAACCAGGCCACCAUCAAGGCCAAAACCUUCUUCAAGAGCUGCAUGGAUAUACCUCAAAUCCGCAAGAUCGGCACCGGGAAGCUGAGGCAGGUGCUGCAAUCCCUGGGCGGCUGGCCGGUCAUCGAGCGGAACUGGCGACCGCCGACGGACCUCUCCGUGGAGCGGCUGAUGGGCCAGCUGCGGCUGAACUACAGCGAGCCGGUGAUGAUCGAGCUGUACGUGGGCGCGGACGACAAGAACAGCUCGGUGAACAUCCUGCAGAUGGACCAGCUGCAGUACGCGCUGCCCUCGAGGGACUACUACCUGAAGGAGAGCAGCGCCAACGACCGGCUGGCGUACCAUCGCUACAUGACGCAGGUGUCGCUGCUCCUAGGCGCCGAUCCUGCCACCGCCGCCGCCGAACUGCAGCAGGUGGUCCUCUUCGAGACGCAGCUGGUGAACGUGUCGCUGGCGGAGGCGGAUCGCCAUGACACGAGCACGGUGUACCGGAAGAUGUCGCUGCCGGAGCUGCAGGAACUGGUGCCCGAGGUGCAGUGGCAGGAGUACCUGCAGGCGGCCCUGGGACCGGGGAUUCCCCUGCAGGAGGACGAGCCGCUGGUCACGUACGGCCUGCAGUAUCUCACCGAAAUGGGCAAGAUCCUGGCACGCACCGAUCGCCGCGUGGUGCACAACUACAUGCUGUGGCGCCUGGUCAUGUCCCUCAUGUCGCACAUGAUCGACGAGUACCAGCGGGAGCGGGUGGAGUUCCGCAAGAUCCUCAUGGGCAUCCAAUCGGAGCGGACGCGCUGGUCGCAGUGCGUCGAGUGGACCAACAAGAAGCUGGGCGUGGCCGUCGGAGCGCUGUUCAUCCGGGACAACUUCAACCAGGAGAGCAAGGAGGUGGCCCUCGAGAUGAUCCACACCAUACGGGCGGCCUUCAAUGAGCUGCUGGCCGAGAACCACUGGAUGGACGACGAGACGCGGGCGGUGGCCAAGGAGAAGGCGGACUCCAUGAACGAGCGCAUCGGCUAUCCGGAGCUGCUGACCAAUGCCACGGAGCUGGAGCAGGAGUAUGUGAAUCUAACCAUCGUUCCGGACAACUUCAUCAACAAUGUGCUGAGCAUCCUGCAGUGGGAGUCGGAGAAGAUGCUGCGACUCCUGCGUCAACCGGUGGACAAGGAGAAGUGGACCACCGAGCCGGCGGUGGUGAAUGCCUUCUACAAUCCCAAUAAAAACGAUAUAGUAUUUCCCGCCGGCAUCCUGCAGCCCCUGUUCUACAGCCAGCACUUCCCCAAGUCCCUCAACUACGGCGGCAUCGGAGUGGUCAUCGGGCACGAGAUCACCCACGGAUUCGACGACAAGGGACGGCAGUUCGACAAGGAGGGCAACAUGAUGCAGUGGUGGAACAACGCCACCAUCGAGGCUUUCCGGGAGCGGACGCAGUGCGUCAUCGAUCAGUACUCGCGCUACAAGAUCAACGAGGUGGACAUGUUCAUGGACGGACGGAUGACACAGGGCGAGAAUAUCGCCGAUAAUGGCGGUCUUAAACAGGCUUUUAGGGCCUACAAAAAAUGGGAGACGUUGCAUGGACGGGAGCAGCAGUUGCCCGGCUUGAACAUGACCCACGACCAGCUGUUCUUUCUCAACUACGCCCAAAUCUGGUGCGGAUCCAUGCGGCCGGAGGACGCUUUGACCAAGAUCCGCUCGGCGGUCCACUCGCCGGGAUUCGUCCGUGUCCUGGGGCCACUUUCGAAUUCGCGCGACUUCUCCCACGCCUACAAUUGCCCACUGGGCAGCACCAUGAAUCCGGCGGAAAAGUGCAGCGUGUGGUAGUCCGCCGUGGCCGACUUGGCCGAUGUUUUUUUUAUAUAUUUAUAUCGCAUACUAUAUAGUAUAUACACACACCUAUAUACACAAUACGAGUACUGUAGAUCACCAAGGCGAUUAGAUUGAGGAUCAUCUGUUCAGUUCCAAAUUUUUUGUGUAGUUUCCCGUUUUUUUUUUCUGUUUGUUAUAGCGCAGUAAUGCUUUAUGUACUUUAUACCUGGCUAUUUAGAUUUAUAGUGUGUUUCGUAGCUGUACACGAGUGCGUUAUCAGAGUAGCCCACAAAAAUCCUGAAUCCGCACUUUCCACAAUUCUCCUUACCGGCAUUAUAUUCGUGAAUAAAGAACAAGUAC